AUGGCGCCGCCGACAAAACCGACAUCGAAGAAACCCCCGCCGCAGUCGCAGACGGAAUACCAGGCAAUCGCUGCCAAGUUCGCCGCCGCGAAGCGCGCAAAGGAAGCCCAAGAUGCAGCAAAGGCACGAACAGCAGCUGGAGUAGCGAGAGCGGCAGGCGGUGAAGCCGCUAAGAAGGAGCAACAAGACCGCGUCAGUCUGGCUGACAAGCAGCGCGCCGCCCUCGAGGCCAAGCGCAAGUCGAGCUUCGAGGCUCGCUGGCUGUGGACCGUUGGCUUCUGGAUUUGGAUGCUGCUGAUCCACGUCGUCGGCAUUGCCUACUUCACCAGCGGCUUCCUCCUGACCCGUCUGAUGCUGGACGACAAGUCCGUGUGCGAUGCGCCGCCGACUUUGAAUACUAGCACCAUCAACGGGAUCGUGGACAUUCUGCCGAACUGGAAGGGCAAGGGAACCGUGGACGGAGGUUGCUGGCACCCCAAGACCUUCGAGCGGGCUGUGGUUGUCGUGGUCGAUGCGCUACGCUACGACUUUACCGUCCCCGUCAAGGACGACGCCCCCUUCCAUAAUGCGUUCCCCUUCAUGUACGAUACCGCGCUGGCCUCGCCCAACAACGCCGUGCUCAGACCGUUCAUCGCCGACCCCCCUACCUCAACACUCCAAAGGCUCAAAGGCCUGACUACUGGCACCUUGCCCACCUUUGUGGAUGUUGGCAGCAGCUUUGCCGGUACCGCUAUCGAGGAGGAUAACCUGCUUAUGCAGUUCCGCGACGCCGGCAAGCGCAUCGUACACCUUGGAGAUGAUACAUGGGAGUCGCUCUUCCCGGGCUACUUCCAGGCUAACCUGAGCCGGGCCUACGAUAGCUUCAACGUUUGGGAUUUGCACACAGUUGACAAUGGUGUUAUCGAACACAUCUUCCCCCUGAUGAAGCGCAAGGGCGAGUGGGAUGUCGCUAUUGCGCAUCUUCUCGGUGUCGACCACGCCGGCCACCGCUACGGACCCGACCACCCCGAGACGGCCAAGAAGCUGCAGCAGAUGAACACGUUUAUCAAGAAUCUGGCGUCCAACAUUGACGACGACACUCUGUUGAUCGUCAUGGGUGACCAUGGUAUGGACAGCAAGGGAGAUCACGGCGGCGAGAGCGAGGAUGAGGUCGAAGCUGCUCUGUGGAUGUAUUCUCCCAAGCCUGUGUUCGGCAGAACCAAGCCCGAGUACGUCACUCCCCCGGCUAUUGCCAAGACUCGCCCCGUCAACCAAAUCGACCUUGUCCCGACUCUGGCGCUGCUCAUGGGUAUCCCCAUUCCUUACAACAACUUGGGUCACCCGAUCGAGGAGGCAUUUGUUGGCCCCCGUGGCAAUGCCUGGGAUAAGUUGGCUGCUGCGGAGCGCAUGGCUGCCGCUGGCAUCAAGCGUUACCAGACGUCGUACUUCUCUGCUCGCGGAAUCGAGCAGGCUGUGACCCCUGGUUCGCCUGCUGACUUGUGGGAUAAGGCUGAGGCUUCCGUUCCCACGGGCAAGGUCAAGAAGGGUUAUAGCUGGGAGCCUGUGUUUUCGGCCUAUGCUGAGUAUCAGAAGGAGACCUUGGAUUACUCCAAGAGCCUCUGGGCCAGGUUCGAUGUUAAGAACAUGGUCAUCGGCAUUAGCAUCAUGGCGUCCGGUGUCAUUGCUCUUCUCGUCUACGUCAACAAACGUACUGAAGACGACGACGUCUUGGUGAUCGAGGACUCCGAGCUUGAUCAUGCCGAGAAGAGCCUGGAGCUACAGGGUAUCACCGCUGAUGAAGGCCAAAACCUGGAGAAGCGCCUGUUCCGUGCCGCCAUGUUGGGAGCCCUUCCCGGCUUCUUCGGCGGACUUUUGCAAUCCUACCUGUCUGGUAAUGGCGAUUGGUAUCGCGGCUCAGCCCUCAGUGCUUUCACCAGUAUUGCCACCGUCAUGGUCGCUCUCUACGACGCUGAGGGAGCCUACUUUAACGUCCUCCCCAACACUCUUUGGGGCUGGAUGGCCGUGGUCUUUACCGUUAGCCAGUCUAUCGGCUUCGCCUCCAACUCGUACACCAUCUGGGAGGAUUCAAUCCAGGUCUUUUUGAUGACCACCUUUGGUAUCGUUACGGCCCUCUCUGCUUUCCGCAUGGAAUCGCUUCCGGACCGCUACAUGGCCAUCUACCAUUCCAUCCUCUUCGUCCUGCUCGGCCGUCUUGCCUCCUUCUCCAAGCUCUGUCGUGAGGAACAGAUGCCGUACUGCACGUCGACCUACUACGCCAGCGCCACCUCCUCGACCUCGGCCCCCUGGCAACUGGCCAUUCCCUUCAUCGCCGUCAUGAUUCUCCCUUCCAUCAUCAAGGCCUACCUUGCGCCUUCCAGGUCCUACGAGGCCAUCUACUGGGUCCUCGACGCCGCCGACAACGGCAACUGGCUCUCAUCUCUCUCCUCCUACCUCCCUGCCUCGGCCUCCGAGACCCUCGCCUCCCUUCCCCCUCUCCCAGAUAAGGCCCUCAAGACCCUCUCCGUUUACACCGCGCAAAUGAUCCUCGGCCUGGCCCUCGUCGCCGGUUCCACGGCCUUCGUCUGGGCCCCUCCCUGCAUCUCCAUCGUCACCACCGCGCUUCGCCGCUCCCCAGCGGAUGCCGCCUCGAACCAUCUUGCCGCCAUCCCCGGCGCGCAAACCGCCCAGGUGACCGUCCUAGGCUACGGCAACGCGCACGGCGCUCGCUACCUCUUGCUCCCGCUCAACUUCUUCGUCGCCCUCUUCCUGCUCACCAAACCCAUGGGCGCCGGCGCUCUCGCCCUAACCCUCUGGCAAUCCCUUUCCCUCCUUGAGAUCCUCGACCUGUUGAACUUGCCCAUCGGCAGCAACCCCAUCGGCCCCGUCAUGUUGGCUCUCCUCGGCCAAAAUGCCUUUUUCAAGACCGGCCACCAGGCCGUUCUGUCUUCCAUCCAAUGGGACUCGGCUUUCAUUCCUCUCUACAGCAUCAAAUACCCCUGGUCUCCCAUUUUGGUCGUCCUCAACACUUUUGCGGGCCAGAUCCUUGCUACGAUCCUCGUGCCGAUGCUCGUCCUCUGGAAGAGCGGACCCAAGAGACGCGGAAUCUUGGGAAGUGUUUCCAGGGCGUUGGCGGUGUUCGUGGCGUUUUAUGCUACCGAGGCGUUGGCGAGUAUGAUGUGGGCUGGCCAUCUGAGGAGACAUUUGAUGCUUUAUCGGGUGUUUAGUCCGCGGUUCAUGACGGCCGCGGUUACGUUGCUGGUGGUGGACUUGGUGGGUGUGUUGGUUGGGUUGACCGGGGUAAGGGUGAAUACGAUGAGUGUGGCGGAGGUUUUUGGGUGGGCUGAUUGA